AUGAAAUUGUUUACUUGUUAAGAUAUUGCGCACGAAAGAGAAGCUAUAUAGGGAUUCUGUUUAAAUUUUGGAUGCUAGGAUUCAAGGCCUUAGUUCUGUCUAUAAUGUAGAAUUGACCCCAAGAAGCACUCUAAUUGCAAGAAAGAUUUAAAAGGAUUUGAUUAGAUUUAAAGUUUUAUCACGAACUUCAAUUAGAAUAUACUUGAUUUAGGAACUGAAUUGAAUAAAUCCUUCACAUAAGUCAAAGUAAAAUAUGAAGAAUUCUCAAAAUAAUAAGAGAAUAAUUAAUAAAUGAAAGCCAAUUUAUAAUUGAUAAAGGAAUGGUAUCAAUAUUUAAACAAUCAAGAGCAGAUUAUGAAGUAGAAUUAAAUUGGUACUUUAUAUAUGUAAUACUUAUAGGAACUUAAUUAACUAGAAUCAAAAGAAUGAUUAGAGCAUUGGAUUUAGAGAAAGGAUAAUAAUAAACCCAGGAUAUUAAAUAAGAUGAUGAAAAUGCACUCUAAUAAGGUAUUCAAAUAUUUUAUAAUUAAAUUAGGAAUACAAUUACUAAAUUAAUAGAAAUGGUAGGAGGCUAAUGAAAAAAUAAAUUAGUAUAUAAAAUUAUCAGAGAAACAAUUAUCAUUGGCAACAUUGUUUAAAAGUAAUUCUUUAAUUUAUAGAUAAUUAGGUAUAUUCUUAAUUGAGAUGAAUUAACCAGGGUAAGGAAUUUUUAUGAGAGAAUAGGUUAAAAAGAUUAAUAAUAACCUGCAUCCAAAUCUAUUGGCUUAUUCAGAUCAAGAAUUAAUUAGAACACAAUAAAAUUCUUUUAUGUUAUUAGCAAAAUGUAAAAGAAAUAUAUCAUUUUUAUAGCCUAUGCUUUAAAGUAUGAACUAACUUAUAUAUUAUUUUAGGUGAAGAAAAGAAUUCAAAGAAUUUUCAGGAGGUAAAAGAGUUAUGCGAAAAGGUUUGAGAGAAGAACCAUAAAAUCUUCAUGCUUUGUAUAGAAAAAGUAAUUGUGUAUUUUAAAAAAAAAGGCUAUUCAUUAUAUUAUUUGACUCAAUAAUCAGAAGCAAUUUAAUGUAUUGAGGUAGCUCUUAAAUAUAAUCCAUAGUAUAGUAUUGGUUACAUAACAAAAGGUAUUUAUAAGUUUAGGUUUUGCCUUAGAUGAUCUUAAUAAAUACAAUGAGGCAAUUGUUUGCUAUGAUAAAGCAAUCCAAAU